AUGGGUCUGUCCAGAUGGACCAUUGCAGCGGCGCUGCUUCAACUCACCUCACUUACACUGGCUCAUGGUCACGAUGAGGAGCACCAUGACAUGGACAUGAAGAACCCGGAGGCUCCUCAGAACGAUACGGGAGAUGCCAAUCCGUAUGACAUGCCCAGCUAUGCCGGCCUGGGCCAGCACCAGAACAUGAUAUUGGCGCAUGUGGUCCUAAUGGUGUUAGCAUGGUUUUUCAUUCUUCCAGUCGCUUCCAUUUUUAGCAUCGCUCGAUCGAAACUCGCCCUUCCGGUUCAGUUCCUCUUCCUGCUGGUAAACGGUCUGGGACUGUUGUUCGGGAUUGUGUACAACAUCAACACUCCAGAUCUGUACGUGCACAAUGCGCACCACAGAAUUGGCUGGAUCGCAACCUGGAUCAUGACCGCUCAGGUCAUUGCGAGCCUGUUGUUCGCCUACUCUCGGAGAGGCAAGCAAGCCCCAGCUCCGGCCGGUGAGAGGGCGGCGUUCCUCCCAGUGUCGGUUGAGAACAUGGCCCAGCAUAACGGGCGGCCGCCCUAUAAUCCUUACCGCUGGUCCGGUGACAGUGGCCAAGGCACCGACACUUCGUCGACUCUGCACAGCCGGGACGUUUCUCCAACGGUUGUGGGCCGACGGGAUACCUUUGACGAUUUUGAGAAGCCUGAAGCCGUGCCAGAGUCGGAAGAUGACGAAGACGUGCAGCUGCCGCAGCAGCCUAGCCAGCAAUCCCGCUGGUUGCCCAUCAGCUUCAUCGACAAAUACCUGUCCGCCCGACUCCCCAACCUUGUCUCGGCUCAGAUCUUGCGAGUCAUCGAGAUUGUGUACAAUGUGGUUGACAGACUGAUUCUGGUCCUCGGUUUCAUCGCUUUGGUGACUGGAUUCGUCACCUACUGUGGCCUUUUUAGAGCCAACAACGUCUUCACGGGCCUUGCCCACUUUAUCAAGGGAGGAAUUUUCUUCUGGUACGGAUUGCUCACGCUAGGGCGAUGGAUGGGUUGCUUCGCCGAUCUGGGCUGGGCUUGGAAUCUGAAGCCGACCCGCAGCGAAGUCGGCCAAUGGAAGGCCAAAAUCCCCUCGGCUGAAUUCACAGAAUCCUUUGUCAUUUGGCUGUAUGGCGCAACCAAUGUCUUCCUGGAGCACCUGGCUGCCUGGGGCGGCCAGUGGACGGCGCAAGAUCUGGAGCAUGUCUCCAUCACUAUCAUGUUCUUUGGCGGUGGAAUGUGUGGCAUGCUCGUCGAGUCCAGCAUCGUGCGACGAUGCCUGAAUACUGUUGUCGACAACAUGCCUGCCCGAACGGAGGUGCAUCCCAACGAGGCUCUGGAAUUGCGCGAGACGCCCAAGCAAUACACCACAUCUCUCAACCCUAUGCCUGCAUUGGUCAUCAUCCUCCUCGGAGUCAUGAUGUCCUCGCACCACCAGGACUCGAUGGUUUCGACCAAAGUACACUCACAAUGGGGCACGCUGCUGGUCGGCUUCGGUGUCGCUCGAAUGCUCACAUACAUAAUUAUGUUCCUCUCCCCACCUAAGUCAAUCUACCCUACCCGUCCCCCCACCGAAUUGGUUGCAUCCUUCUGCUUGAUCAGUGGUGGAUUCAUCUUCAUGGCCAGUGCCCGAGACAUCAUCCACUACAUGGAGACGACAGGUCUGAUGGCUAUGUUUGUGCUCACCGUCACCUGCGGGUUGACGGCGUUCAUCAUGGCCUAUGAGAUUGUGGUGCUAUCACUCAAGGGCUGGGCCAUGAGGAGGGAAAACAAGGGCGCGGCUCCGAGAUUUUGA